AUGGCAGCUAAAUCGGAUGGAGCAGCCGUGUCUGUGCGGAAUACCGACAACCUCGUAGCACCACCACCCCGAUCUAUUAUAGCAGACAAGCCCGACCAGGAUGCCUCUCCGUACCACUAUGCCUCCAAGCCUUACUCGCUCCUGGACUGCUACUGGGUGAUGUGCGCCCUGUUUGUCUUCUUCUCAGACGUGGCCACCGACCUGUGGCUUGCCGCGGACUACUACCUGAGACGGGACUACUGGUGGUUCGGGCUGACACUGGUCUUCGUGGUGGUUCCCUCCACCGUGGUUCAGGUGUUGAGUUUUAGAUGGUUUGUCUACGACUACACGGAUAACAGUGGUAGCAGCAGCGGUGCCGUAGGAGACCAGUGUAAUUUCAGCACCAAGGGCAGCGCCAACACCUAUGAAAAGCGCGGCGGUGACGGAUGCUCGUCUGCGGGGCUGGCUGGGACAGGGAGCGAGACUCGGAGAUGCUGCAGAGUGUGCAUGUGGUUUUUUCAGAGUACCCUUCACAUCCUCCAACUUGGCCAAGUCUGGAGGUAUGUCCACGCCCUCUACCUGGGCGCCCAGAGCCGUUGGCUCGGCAACCGCAGUCACUUCCACUGGAGGUUGAUGUUUGAGUGUGCUGACAUCACCAUGCUGAGGCUGCUGGAGGCCUUCCUGAAGAACGCUCCUCAGCUGGUGCUACAACUCAGCAUCAUUAUCCAUGCCAACCAGGUCCUGCCGCUGCAGGUGCCCUUCAAGCUCACCGCUAUGCUACGGACCAUGGGAUUAAACACCUCCAUCUGCAACUGGAUCCUGGACUUCAUGAUGGGCCUCUCCCAGGUGAUGAGGGGUCUCUCUGCUUCAGCCUCCUUGGUCUCUCUGGCCUGGAUGAUAGCAUCCUACCAGAAGACUCUGAGGGACUCCAGAGAUGACAAGCUCCCGAUGUCCUACAAGGCUGUGAUUGUCCAGAUGCUGUGGCACCUCUUCACCAUCGGGGCCAGGACCAUCGCCUUCGCCCUGUUCGCCUCAGUGUUCCAGCUCUACUUCGGUAUCUUCAUCGUGAGCCACUGGUGCCUCAUGACGUUCUGGAUCAUCCAGGGGGAGACAGACUUCUGCAUGUCCAAGUGGGAGGAGAUCAUCUAUAACAUGGUAGUGGGCAUCAUCUAUAUCUUCUGCUGGUUCAACGUCAAGGAGGGCCGCGCCCGUUUCAGUAUGUGGCUCUAUUACUCGGUGACUCUGGUAGAGAACGUGUCUCUCACCGCGGCGUGGUAUCUUUACCGCGGGCCGAACACCUCAGACUUUUACGCCCUCGUCGUGGUGUGUGUGGUGGUUUGUAGCUACGCUCUGGGGAUCUCCUUCAUGUUGGUGUAUUAUUGUCUCCUGCACCCUGACGGGCCGGUGUCCGCGGCUCAGUGGGGUGUGUGUGUGGAGGACGGGGGGUUGUUGGUGGAGUCCUGUGUGACCCCAGCCGAUGCGUCCCCCCUCCAGCCUCCAGACAUGCUCACCAGCCCCCCUAGGACCCUAAGUAGGACUGCAGGUGCGGACCGGGGCGAGGUGGUACCAGGAGAUCUAGUUGUGUUCCAGGUUAGAUCCACCUCUCCGGCCAUGGCCCUCCGGACCCUCAGGACAGAGCAGCCUGUGAUCAGGAUAGACUUGCCCAGAAAGAGGUACCCUGCCUGGGACGCUCACUUCAUCGACAGGCGGCUGCGGAAGACCAUCCUGGUUCUGGAGAACACGUCUCCGGUCACGCCCAGGAUCCAGUACCGAAGCCUGAGAAAUCCUAAGGAGGUUAUGGAGUAUGAGACUACCGUGUAAUGUAAUCUAGCUGCGCUUACCUCCACCACACCAGCAGGGGGCUCCACCAACCAGGUGCAGGGAGAGAACCAGAUUCCUCAACUCUUAUCCUCUUGUGUAAGUAAAUGAAAGAGUUGCUUGGAGCCAACAGUCCACCCUACAGACCCUGCUUCCUUUGUGGGAAGGGGGAGACCAGGGGACUGAGGAGAGCGGAGGAGGCCAGAUGCGGUACUACUGUAUGGAGGACUUUGUCCUCAUGUAAGAAAAGCUGUCAGAAGUUACAGGUCAGGUGUACCUGUGUAUGACCAGUUGCCGGGUAACACUUCCUGUGUGUACUGCAGGAGCCAAUCUGAGGUCAAAGGUGAGAGGUCAAAGGUUAUCUAACUAAGAAGUGACCUCACCGGCCACUACAGGAGACACAGAACUUCCAGCCUUCAAAAUGCUGACUCAUCCUUGUGUAUUGAGAAUCAGAAUCAAUCAGAACCCAGAAUCAAAAGGGGGGCUUAGCUGAGUCUCCCAGCACCAAAACAACAUUGUAGAGACAAACUUGAUAACAUCACCAUAUCAAUGAUAGGGGACCUUAGUGAUGAGGAUGAAGAUGAGGAGGAGGAUGAUGAUGAUGGUGA